AUGAAGAAGCUCGCUAUUGCCCUUUUUCAUGCGCUUUUAGUUUUCUUUUUCUCUCCGAAGUCCAGUGAUGGACAAGGAUUGAGACCUCAACCGAUAAAUAUCGCUCAAGGGAAGAAAAUCGAAGCAACUGCAACAUGUGGGGAAGAUGUCAGCGAGCCAGAACUCUUCUGCAAACUGGCCACUGUACCCGGGAAGCUGGGCAUUCUAGGGUUGUCCUGCGAUCACUGCGAACCAGAUACGUUUACCAAGGAUCACUCGAUCAAAUAUGCCAUCGAUGGAACGGAGAGAUGGUGGCAAUCUCCUCCGCUGUCCCGCGGCCUACAGUACCAAAAAGUAAACAUCACGAUUGAUCUAGGACAGGUAGUAUUUCUCCGUAUACAUGAUUCACGCGUAGUUUCUUUGUCCUUGGUGUUGCUGUUUCGUCAAAUGCCUAUCGCUGUACUGCAAUGUGAUUGUUCGGAGAGAUUAGUCAAGGGGUUUCGCCACUAUCGAGCACACUGUGAUUUGUUGUUAGUAUUGAAAAUUAUGAGUCUAACUAGUGUAAGAAGAAGCUUUACUGUGGUUUGGAAAGUUCGUUUAGCAAACCAGCUGAAAUUUCAGUCCAUUGUGACACGUGUGAGGGGAACAUUUUUCGCACCGAGGAAUCAAGAAACCGAGCGUACAGAAAUCUCACUUAUGUGUGAGACAAAUUGAGUAUACAUCAUGAAAUAUUCUGCACUUAUUCACACUUCAAUUCCCAUACAUUGUAAAUCAUAAAUCACGCUGCGUCUGUUUUAUUUCUUGUACGCAUCUCUCGAGGAAAUUUAAGAUUUUAAUUGAAAACCUUAUGUUCAACUUGCAUCGAUCAAGGUUCAGAAAAACGAAGGAUGUAAAAAAGUAACCAACAAAUCCUAACAUUUGAAUUCUUUCAUUAGGUUUCGGGCAUUUAAAAACCGUACUUUGUCUUAUUUGAGAUAUUCUACCUUUGGAUUGAACAAUUGGGUAAAAUAAAAUGGGAAUUUUCCCCUAUUUGUGCCUAAAGACAGGAAUGUUGAGACUGCCAGGAAUGUACGUUUGGUUUUCCAGUGUCUACUCUCUUUGGGAGGUUUCUUAAAGCUUUCCUGUUGGGAUUUUAAUUUUAAUUUGACAAGGUGCCUCUUUUCUGUAUCAUUUGUGUAACACACCUUGAAGAUGCGUCUUGGAAAACCAAGUUGUCAUUUAACAUUUAUCUGCUAUGAUAUAGACUUCUUUCUGUAGUAACAGCUCCAGAGAUUUGAGAAAUAUAAGCAAAAUGAUGAAUAAUCAAAGUUUUGAUGAAGAAGGAGUCUUUGAUAGGGUUGUAGAUGGUAAAAUAAGAAUUUUUUUUAACGGCUAAACUAAGAUUAUAUAUUAAGCUUAACCUGUUUUCUCAUGUAGGAAUACCAAGUAGCCUAUGUUAUAGUAAAAGCUGGCAAUGCUCCACGCCCAGGUACAUGGGCCUUAGAGAAAUCUGUUGAUGGUGGAAGAACAUUCACCCCAUGGCAGUACUUUGCUACUACUAACAGUGAUUGUCUGUCGUACUUUGGAAGCUCAGCACUGUUGCAGUCAUUUAAAGAUGAUACCACGGUCACUUGUACAACAAGCUACUCUCAGGUUCCACCUUUUGAAAACGGGGAGGUGAGUGUCAUGAGAUUUUUUAAUUGUCUGAUUAGCUGUAAUGGAUAGAAAUGACUAUCUUUUUUCUCCAAAACCACAGAUUUAUUUAGCUGUAUGUGUUAUGGGAAAAUCAAGAUGUUUCCUUAAAUGUAAUCAAACCUCUGUAAUUGGACACACAAGCACACCAAAAUAACAAUUUAGAUAUCUUUGAAAAAUUAUAAUUAUUAUAAGUUUGAAACACUAGAAACUUGUUGCUAUGUAAUUUGCAAAAAUAAUCUGGUAUAGCUUCUCACCUUAGUUAAAUUCAUGCAAAUCUCUUCACAUUUCAGAUCCAUAUUUCAUUAAUUAAUGGAAGGCCAGGAGCAGCAAACUUUUCCUACAGUCAGGCAUUACAGGUAAAUGUUGUCUCCAUUUGGCAAGCAAAAUUGGUCAGCAUCAAUCAACAGGACUUACAAUAUUCUGUUUAAUUCAUUUUGGGGCAAUUUCAUGAUAACUUAAUAAUGAUUUGCUAAGUUCUUCUACUCAUGUUAACAAACUGAACAUUAAAGAAUGCAACUUAGUAUGUGAAUGGCUUUUUAUUGAAAUGUCAUGUAAUUGUUUUCCCUAGUAUACAAAAUUGAUGCUUGUUUCUUUUAGGAAUCUGCUGAGAGAUCUUUGGAAAUAUAAGGAAGCAGUAAAAACCAAUUUUAAAAGACCUUAACUAUUGAUAAUGCAUUCCAGGCACUAGGAGUAGAAUCAGCCAAGCUUAAGAUGUAAAUAAACAUUUUUCCCUUGCUGGGCAUCAAUAAGCAUGGAAACCAAUUCUUUUCUUUAUUUACAUCUAAAACAGUGAAACAUUUUAUUACAGGAGUGGACUCGUGCUACUCACAUAAGACUCCGGCUGUUAAAAGUGAAGACUUUGUUAGCUGAUCUGUUACCACUGGCAAGGAAAGAUCCAUCAGUUACUAGAAGGGUUUGUAGUAAUGCUGUCUCAUGUAUUCAAAUUCACUACUUUUCUAGUUUAAUUAAUAUUCCCUCAAAAGAUAGGUUUUGUAAAUUUUAUCAAUGAGUUCUUAUUCAUUAAGUACUUCAGUGAAAGAAGAAAAAUUUGGAUACAUACACUUUGAAAUCAUCUUAACUUCUUAAAUCCCAGAAAAUCAGAUGUAAUUCUCCUUACUGCCUGCUAUACAUUCCUUAUUGUGUUGGUUUGGAGAAUUUGGUAUUGGAUGAAGUAGUUAUCACCUAAUUGAUAUUCACCUUAAGUUCAUUUGUUUUGUUUGCAGUAUUUCUACUCAAUAAAGGAUAUUUCAGUUGGGGGAAUUUGUAUGUGUAAUGGCCAUGCUGAUGAAUGUAUUCAAACUGCAGAGGACUCACAGUUCAGAUGCAAAUGUAAACACCAGACAUGUGGCAUCAAAUGUGAAGAAUGCUGUCUAGGAUUUGUGCAGAAGAAAUGGAGACCUGGAACUGCAGAAAGUAGCAAUGAGUGUGAAGGUGAUUAAAGAGUUUUAUGUGUUUAGUUCAUACUCAGGUAAUGUGGCUAAGGGCCCUUGGCUUGUAAUCUGGCAGUCCCAGAUUCAAGUCUUCAACCUUGCUACUCCCUGGAUUUGUUGCUGGUUUCUCUGAGUUCAAUGUCUUGGCAGUGUUUUGUAAAUCAUGUUUUCUAUCAUUACCAACCUUUUCCAAUUAGCCACUCACCCAUUUGAUAGAUUUUAAGUUGAACUGUGUGGUGUUCAGGCUGUGUAUAAACUGUGCCUAUUUUUUAAUCCCUAAUUUUUGCCUGAUGGGUAUGUACAGUGUAUAUUUUUGUUGAGUUUGUGAAAAAGCUCAGGGUGUGGUGUUCAGACUAGUAUUAUAGUGAUGUGUUCUUAUUUUUAUCAAGUUUAUUUGUUUUACUUUCCUAGCCUGUAACUGCCACAACCAUGCAUCUGACUGUUAUUAUAGUGAGGAAAUAGAUCAGCAAAAGGGAAGUUUGGAUAUGAAUGGGAACUAUGAGGGUGGAGGAGUGUGCAUCAACUGUCAGGAUAACACGGCUGGAAUUAACUGCGAACGAUGUAAAGCAGGAUACUAUCGACCAGCAGAUAAGGCUAAGACAGAUCGUGAUGCUUGUAAAGGUAUGGCUGUAAACUAUUAUAAGACUGAUGUGCUAUAAAAUGCUACCAGAAUACCCACCUUUAAUUAGAUCAUAGCCUUAACUUAUAGUUUUUAACCCUUUCACUCCCAAGAUUACCUUUUCAUUCUCAUCGCUACCUGCUUGACACUGUAUUGAUAUAUUAAGAAGAAGUUCUUCCUUUGGUGUUCAUGGGAGUUAAAGGGUUAAAUUCCUUACUGUUUACGUGAUUAUUAGAGGAAAAAUUUAAAUCUAAUUUUUUUUUUCACUUCCAACUUGUCAUGCAAGAAAGACCAAUGAUGCAGAGCUUGGCAUGUAGCUCACACAGUGAUAUCACAUACUGGGUGAUUGUAGCCAGAUUUGACACAAUUCUUGACUAAUCAGAGCACAGGAUUCCAUCUUACCUGUAUAUCAUAACUGACACUCAAACUAUCAGUUUUUCAGAUAGUGGCAUUAACUGCACAUUUUUUUGUACAUUACAGCUUGUACAUGUGACAGAAGGUUUUCCACUGGUCAAUGUUUUGAUGGUGAUGGGCGGUGCCAGUGUCUUGAUAACUACAGUGGACCUAAUUGUACUCAGUGUAAUGAGGGAUUUUAUGGAUUCCCCAAUUGCAAACGUGAGUUAAAUUUUGGUUUGUGCUUUGUUUAUGAAGGACUUUAGAAGUCAAGGAUUAAUUUUACAAAAUGCUUACACUGUGUUUUGGCCCUGCUAAAAUUGAGGUUUGACUUGCGGCAACACGCGAGGCUGUCUUUCACCAUCAAAAAUCCCAUGUUAAAUAUUAUGGCAUGGUAGAUAUUGGUUCAGGACUUACUCAUUUGUUUUUCAGUUCUUAUUGUUAACUUGGUUGGAAUAAACAUAAAAGUUCCAUGUCAGAAAUAUUGUUAUUUAUCAUCAGCUUGUGACUGCCAUCCAUUGGGUACAAGUGGACGUGUGUGUGGCCCAACAGGUGAUCAGUGUCCAUGUAAACCAAACUACACAGGAGCUAAAUGUGAUCAGUGUGCUCAAGGCUAUUAUGGCUUCCCAAACUGCAGCCGUGAGUACUCAUAUUAAGAAGAGAGGUUAAUUGCAAGGCCACAUUUUGAAUUUCUUGAUUGAUUAAUACAUAGUUUUUCUUAUGCAAUUGGCUGAAGAAUAUUCUCCAUGUCUGAAUAAACAGUAGCUCAGGUGAACAAACUUUAGCUGGGGAGUUCUGGAGAAUUAUCUAAUCUUUACCCAGUUAUCACAGUGUUACCAUAUAAUGUGUUACUUUUUUUGAAAUAGCAUGUGUAAAUAUUUUCAAAAAAACUUCCACCACUCUUAUUACUGCAGCAUGGUACACAGAUUCUGUGUGACCUCUUUCAUGUUUUACAAACUUACUGGAAAGACAUUCUUAAGAAGAUUCAGAAUACUAAGUAUUGUUAAUUUUUCUUCUCUUAAAUGAAUGUUUUUUUUGACUGUGUUAAAUUUCAACAAUCCAUGUAUGAAUUUGUUAUGUUAUCAUUCCUAUGUGUUGUUUUGUUUCAGGAUGCAACUGUGAUGGGUUAGGGUCACAUUCAAGUGACUGUGAUGUCAAAGAUGGACAGUGCAGAUGUCGUCAAAUGUAUACAUCCAGACAGUGUAAUCAGUGCAGUAAGGGAUUCUACAGCUUUCCUGAAUGCAAAGGUAAGAGAUAUUAAAAAACUGCUAGCCAGGGUAUUUUAACUUUUUAACCCCAAGAUAAACAUUUUCUUGUAAAUUAGUAAGGAGAGUUUGGUGAUAGAACAAGAUCACAACUUCUACCUCGUGACUUUGAGUGUUCUCAAUGCUUGUUUGCUGUAUAUGUAUGGAUAUUAAAGCAAGAAGUUACAGGUUAAUCACUUAUGGAGCAAAAAGGUUUAACUUUACUUCCUCAGUAUUGCUUUUUGUUUUGGCUUGUAGAACAGUCUAAUAAUCCAUAUGAUUACAAUCUAGAUUACAUUUGAUAGUGUCUCUCUAUAUAGAGGUUACAGAUGAUAUCAAAUGUGGUGUUGACAAAAAGGUGGUUCAUUAGAGUGAGGAGGUGUGUUUCUGAUGACUUUACCACAUUUUACUGCAUCUACUCUGAUCUAAUUCAGAACAGACACACUACCAUGGAAUUAACUUCUUCUAUGUACCUAACAGUAAAUAUAGACUGUAUUUAGCAUAUUCAUUUCAUUGGGGACUUAUGGAUGCUUACAUUUGUCAAAUCUGUAUUAUUUCUUGCCCUAGUCUGUGACUGUGAUGCUGAGGGUACUGCCAGAGAUAUCUGUAAUCCCAACACUGGAGCUUGUAUUUGUAUGGAGAACUAUGCAGGACCUCGCUGUGAUGUUUGUAAUGAAGGAUACUACAAUAAUUUUCCAAGGUGUUCAGGUAACUUCAACACAUGCAUUGUUAUAUACUGCAAGUUAACAUGGAAGAACUAAAUUUAUGGAUCCAGUUUAAGUACAAGUAUCUACUUAAAACCAGACUUGUGGGAAUAUGAAAUAAAAACCUCAUCAAGACACAGUUUGAUGUGACCAAAGAACUAUACAAUGUAACACUAAGGUGUAAAUAAUAAUGACACCAACAACAUCAAAAAUACCCACAUCAACAACAUUUGAUCUAGUGAUGAUGAUAAUAGUAGUGAUUAUAUCUUGUAUUUAGAACCAUAUCUCUGUUGAUGCAAAGACACUAAACACAAGACUGGUGCCAAAAAAGUUUAUGUAGUACAAUUAAGGUCCUCACAACUUUUGUCUUUCCCCAAAUUUCUUGACUUCCUUUCUUUCAUGUUGGAUAGAUUUUCAAACUUCAAUUUAAUUUUUAGAGCACAGGAGUUACAAGUCUCCUUGUUCUCAAGUAAAAAUUCCUGCAAAUUUUUUGAGAAGCAGCUCACUGGUUUGUAAACAAGUUACUUUCAGCUUCAGUCACUGCCCUUUGUCUUUCAGACUGUGGUUGUUCAAGAGAAGGCUCACUUUUAUUAGCAUGUGACCAGCAGGGAAGGUGUGCAUGCAAAGACAACUACGAUGGACCAAAAUGUAGUCGUUGCGGUGUUGGAUUCUACAGCUACCCAAGAUGUGUCAAAUGUUCUUGUGAUCUUCGAGGUUCAGUUCAUGAGUUUUGCGAGCCAACCACAGGACAGUGCCAGUGUAAAGGAUCUUUCCGUGGUAUAAACUGCAAUCGCUGCCGCAGUGGGUUUUAUGGAUUUCCUGACUGUCAAGCCUGUCAAUGCAAUCCGGCAGGAAUUAAACCACUUCCUGAUGGACAGGCAGUAGACUGCUCCUUAUCAAACGAGGUGAGUUAUUUUAUGUUAUGAAAUGGAAUAACUCAUUUGAUAAUAUGAAACAGGAUCUUUUGAAUAAAUUGCCAGAGUUUUGAGCUCAAAUUUUGUCGACAUUGCCAGUUGGGCACCGAAGAUUAUGAAAUUGUUGGAGAAUUUUUUCCCCCCCCCCCCUCCUCAAAAAAAAAAAAAAAAAAAAAAAAAACCACUAAUGGAUAAAAGGGCAAUUUCCUAUGCAAGAUAAGUUUUAAGUUUUUUCAUUUUAUUGCAUGGUAAUAGAAUUUCCAUAAAACCUGGAUUGAAGUUCAUGUGAGUUACUUUCCUUUAUUUAGUUUAUUAAAUUUGUUGAACUUGUCAUCACAGGGUCAAUGUGACUGCAAGGAUAACGUGCAAGGUCUUGCAUGCACAGAGUGUAAAGAUGGCUACUACUUCCUUGAUAGCAAUAAUCCUCUAGGCUGUGAUAACUGUGAGUGCAAUAUGGAUGGUGUGAUUGGUGGCCUUCGCAUUUGUGACAAGGAAACUGGACAGUGUCCUUGUAAGCUUUUUGUUGCAGGCAGGAAGUGCACUCGAUGCAAACCAGGGUUUUAUGGUCUGGAAGGCCGUAAAGUGUUUGGCUGUACAGGUAAUACAGUUGUUUUAAUCAUACAGGCAAGGUUACACUCAUUGCUUUUUUGCAUGAUAGCCUGGGGUUUUUAGAUGAAAGUUGGGGUAAUAUGGGUGUGUGUCAAUAUAGACUAUAACUGCUGUUGCAUAAGUGGUGUCACUCCCUUUCCCUCUUGUGGAUGGUUUGCCAGUUCAUCGGCAGUAACCUUCUAACCUUUCUCUUUCAGGUCAACAAGUGCACUAUAGUAUCUAGAAUUAAGUAAAUUUUGGGAAUUUGCACCUUCAAAGAGAUUUAGAUUAAUGCUGUAAGUAGUGAAUUAAUUUUGGAUACAUGUUAUAGGUUGUGACUGUGAUGUUGGAGGAGCAUAUGACCAGUUUUGUGAUGUCAGCUCAGGGCAGUGUAAUUGUCGAGUUAAUGUUGAUGGGAGAGACUGUAGCCGGUAUGGACUUAACAUUCAUGAUCAUUUAAUGUCUACAUGUCAGCUUAACAUGCUAUUUCUGUAGUCUCACUGUGCAGUAUGUGUAGCUUGUCUAUAGUGACUACAAUGGCUCACUUGUGUUCAGCCUUUUAACUCCUAAGAGUGAUUAACAUCUCAUUUCUUCCUACAAUAUCAUCCCUGAAUCAAACAUUAAGGUCACGAGAGUAAAGGUAAUGAUCACCAACUAAAGACACUCAUGAUUGUUAAACAAAUUCUCCUUGUUCAUACUACAGGAAAUGUAUAGAGAAUGGUGUAGAGAAUAUGCAUACUGAUGUUAAAGUGUUAAGUGUUAAUUUUACAUUUGACUUGUGCUUUUCAGGCCAGCCUUUCAGCAUUACUAUCCAACUUUGCUACAAAUCAAGGCUGAGAUGGAGGAUGGAAUGGCACUCCCUACUAAAUCAACCUCAGACCAAGAUGUCCUCUCUCCAGACGUGUCAAUAUCAGAUGAUGGUCGACCUGCUAGAUUUGGUUUUGAUGAAAGUGUGUUUCCUGGCUUCUCUUGGAGGGGAUAUGCCACCAUGUCUGAUAUCCAGGUACUGUAAGAGCUACCAUUUAAUGCUGAGGAUUCAAGUGUUAGCCUUUCAACAUUUGUCUGACAAAGGGGUGAUGCUUGAAACAUCAGCUUUAGAAACUCUUCACAGUGGCCAUUAACAUCAUCAACUCGGUGUAUAAAACCAAGUAAUCUUGUAAUAUUCCCACUGAUACAGCACCGCAGUUUCUUUAUAAACUGGCCCCCUCUAUUUAUCUGGUAUUUAAUGAUUCAAUUGUUUUCCUUGUAUUGUAUUAAAAAAAGGUGAUGGUGAAACACAUUUGAAUUAAUAAACUGAAAAGAAUUUGAUGAAUAAAAGAUGAUAAGUAGUAAGGGUUUAUUUAAGUUGCUGAAAUGUGAGAGUUCUAAAUGUUAUACUUUCUGUCUUUUAUGCAGAGAGCAAUAAAAGUAACUCUGGACAUUCCAAAGACAACUCGUUACCACAUCAUAUUUUACUCCAUUACAAAUGGAAGUUCACCUGUAACUGGUGAGGUGAUGCUGACACCUAAAGGAGGUGAAGGAAGCAAACAAAGCAGCAAGGUCACAUUUCCAGUCAAGCAGGUUGGCUCAGCAAAUAUUGCCACUCAUCAUACUGUUGGAGAGAAAGAAAAGGCCACUCAGUUCAUGUUGACCAAAGGGAAAUGGGAUUUGAUUCUGGCUCUUCCACCAUCAAGUGUUCUCCUGGUGAGUCACAUAUAAAAAGAGCUAAAAUUCAGUUGUGAUAUAACCAGUAGUUAGAACCAACAUUACAGCACUUAAUCCUUUCACUCCCAGAAGUUAUCAACAUGCACCUUCUCCCUACAAUUCCAAUAUGUUAUCCUACAACCAGGAAAGAGAUGGACAAGAUUUAUCAUCAGAGUGAUAAUUUACUGAUACUUGCAGUUCUUCAAGCUAUGGACAAAGAAACAAUUUCUCAUAAAUUAAAAAAUCUCUACAAAUGCUGGGAAAUAAUUAAUAUUUGUGCAUACAGAAGUGAUGUAGGCCUGCAUAGCUUUUAUUAUAUAUUACAUCCAUUUUCUUGUAAUGUAUUUCAAUCUAGAAAACUUUUGAUUAAUUUAGGCUCUGAAAUUCGAGCUAGUUAAAAACUGUUAACACCUUAACUUUAAUUUUGAUAUUCUGCAAAAUUUUCUCUUCACAUUUUCUAUGGUACUGGCUCGGAGAAUUAGUUUGACAAUCAAGGUUUCUUAAAAUAAUGAUCCUUUCCUUUACUCUCAUGACCUUUAUAUCAGAUAUCAAGGGUAUACUGUUAGAAGAAAUUAGAAGCCAGUUGCUCUUAGGGGUUAAAAGGUUAAAAUGGUAUUUUUUGGGGGUUGCAUUUUAUUAUUUUAUACUGAGUAACAGGCAUACAUCUAUUUCCAAAUUGGAAAGUCUCUGAAAACCCUAUAUUUUGUCUAUUACAGGAUUACGUUGUUGCUUUACCACAAGUAUACUAUGAAGCAUACCAACUGGAAGAGAAAGUCACCAAACCUUGCCAAGUGAAUGGUAUCAAUACUUUAUGUAACCAGUUCUCAUACCUGAGCACAAAAGCACCAGGCUUUUUCACAACAGAAUUGGAAACAGGAUAUAUUGUUACUAGUCGUGGAGUGAGACCCACACAGCUGUUUAGAGAUGAAAAAGUCCUGCAACAGUUGGAUUUCAGUGCCAUGGCUAAUCUAGAUAACCAACAGGUCAGAUUACUAAUAUUACAUAUGUUUUUAUAAAAUAGAUAUUUCAGAUCAAUGUCACGUACCACCCCUCCCCUAAGCCAACAACAGUCAACUGAAAACAAGUUAAGGUUGGAGUUGGGUUGGGGGAGAGGUAGGGGUACAGUUGGUCAGAUACUGUCAUUGAUCCAAGAUUUCAUCAAUUAUUUAUAAUGUCCUGACCCUGGUUGUUUGAAGGUUAGGUAGUGCUACCCACUGGAUAAAUCUCUAUCUGGUGGAUAGCAUAAUACACGUACCCUUUGGAUAGAGAUUUAUCCAUUGGAAAACACUUUUCGCCCUCUGAACAACUGAGCUUUGAUGUUGAUUUAUUGUUCCACAAAUUGUAUUUAGGAUAGAUUUUGACAAAUUUUUAUAGAUGUAGGAGGAGAGAGAAGGGAAAGGGGUAUCUUGGUGAUAGCAUGUAGGGAAAGCAUUUGUUUACUUGGUGUAAAAUUGAACUGUUAUUGUCAAUGAAUGGACUGUAAUAAUUCUUGUUUUUCUUUCAUACAGACCCGUGUUACAGCAGAAUUUCGCAUCCGUAAAAUUGGUAAAUAUGUCCUAGUUCUGCAGUAUUACUAUCCUAAUGACAAGAAGAUCAAGUUAAAUGUUUACUUGAGGUAUCAGACAGGAUCACAGAGAGGAGAGUUCAACCUUCAGAAAUGUAACUACAGGUUUGGCUGCCGUCAAGUAGCUGUGGAUAACACUGGAGCUGUCAAAGUGUUUGAUGUUGCUGAACUGCAGAGGACAGUAGUUACCCUUUUGGCCAGAGACACUUCCUCACCUAUUGCUGUGGUAUGUAUGUUGGUCAUUAAAUUGUGGUUAAACCUGUAAAUCCCAAGGUCUGAUUGUCAGUUCUCCCCUCCAGUUGCUACACAUUUCAUUGUAAAUUAGUUUGAGAAUUUGGUGUUAGAUCGAGAUAACUUCUACCUGAUUAUUACCUGUUUUCUGGAUAAUAUAUGGAUAUUAGAAGAAGAAAUUAUAUGGUAAUCACUUCAGGGGUUGGUGCUUUUGUUCAGGGAUGUUGCAAUAACAUACCUCACCGAAACAUUAACUUCCAAACAAACCAAAUUAUAAGAAAACAUUUCUCAGGAAAUAAUGUGUUAUUUUUUAUUUUCUUGGAUGGAAAGUCAUAGUACAUGCAAGUUCUAUUAUAUAUCUUCUGAGUUUUGAUUGGGUCAUAUCAUUGAAUGAAAAUGUUUCAGUUGUUUUGCCCUGAGACUCUAAAUAUUUGUUUUCCAAACCAAUCCUGUUAAAAUAUUUUACAAUAGUCAUUGUUUUGUUGUUGAUUCAGGAAUUUGGGUUAAUUAAAUUUCUCCUUUGCAACUGCAACUUUUUUUCAUGCAAUGAUUGGAGCAUCCUUCACUGUAACAUCAGUAUCUAUAAUCUCCAUACUCCUCUCUACACUAUUUUUUUGGUACUGACAAAGAGAAUUUGUUUAAAAAUUAUUACUUCUUAUUGAUGAAUCAGAAGUAUUAAGGAGAAAUUAGAUGUUGGUCACUCUUAGGGUUUUAAGGGUCCCAGAAAUUAAUACAAGUUCUCUUUACUACACUUGUUUGUUGGUUGUAGGACUCUGUCACAGCCAUUCCACUUGAUGUGUGGGAUCUGGAUUUCAUUGCUCCAAGCAUUCUUUGUACAACUCAAGGCAAUGUUUGUAUUCCCACAUCAUACCCCAUUCCCAAAGGAGCUGUUACAAUUGAGGUUCCAGAUGCCAGUGUUCCUGAUCAACCACAGCCUCCAAACAAACAGGAUCCAAAAGCAAAACUACAGUACUUGGGUGAAGGGGUAAGUAUACUGACUUUUCUUCCAUAAGUCUGUUCAUAAUUAAAACCCAAAGGUCUUGUUAUUUAAACAAAGUAAGACAUGAGCAGGGGUUUACAGAAUGGUUUAUUAAAUAAAUUAAUAUUUUUCCAUGACUGGCCAUCAGCCUUUUUUACUCUGUUCACAGAUAUUGAUGUGUAAAUUAAAAUUCUAGCUUAAUGAAAAAUGAAUGAGAAUAUGGCUUUGCUAAACAAGAGCUGAACUUCUGUGAGGUGACAAACCUUAUGUUUUCUCUUAAAACUCUGAUAAUGUACAAAAGUUUCCUAGCAAAAAUGUGUUCGUCAAAAAAACAAAAACCAGCUGGGCAAAUAGUGGUGCAUUGUGGGUAAUGAAUAGUUCAAAGUAAGCUGUAAAGCACAACAUUGCUCAUGCAUAUGAAGGAGGGACUGGGUUUCAAUAAGUCUCUGAUUUCACUCUGCUGAUCAACUUCAAGUAGUAACCUCUUAUUAAUUUUUUUUUUUUUUUUUCCUAACCCUAAGCACAUUUAAUUUUAAUUAGUUACUGUGAUUCUUGGUACCACAAUAUCAACUUGUUUUCUUCAUUUGGUUUCUUGAAGAUCCAUUCUCUGUCAAGUAAUGGGCUUAAGGAAGGGAGAUAUGCAGCCAUUGUUCACUAUUAUCAGCCAAAGCAUUCUUCAUUUGAGUCCCAAGUGAAAGUCACCAGCGACCGUGCAGUGGAAGGGUCAAUCAAAUUCCAUUACUGCCCUCAUGCAUCAGGCUGCAGAUCAGUUAUCAAGGACUUGGCUGGUUCACCAUUCUUUGAUAUUGAACGAAAAACUGUUGCACUGGAGUUUGAGAUUCCAAUGAACUCAUCAACAUGGAUAGUAAGUUUUUGAACUGUAUGUAUGCCUGUGAAGUUAUCAUUGAAUUUUUGUAACACAAGUAAAACUUAGCACUCCUGAUGUAAUUGAAGGUAAUUUAAUUUGUUGUUAAUCACCAUAAAGUUGCCCUGUUUCAUGCAAUGUUUCCAUGGGCCACAAGCAAGGACUGUGCUAAUUUUCCUGUUAACUAGAAUUUAAGACUAAAGUAGAAAUUUCAGAGACAAGCAAAGUUAUAUGUUCAACCAAGCUAACAAAAUUAAUGAUCUCUUGUAUGCUUCUUUUCUUGUAGGACUAUGUUCUGCUUGUUCCUCAAAAUGUAUUCACUGGGGACCUGCAAGAAGAUGCUCCAGUCCCCUUGUCUCAAGAUUUCCUUGAUUCAUGUAGCAAAGAUGACUUCUUCAUAAAAACCUCAGAUCCAAAGUUUUGUAAAGAUUCAGUGUUUUCACUCACAACAAGCUUCAAUAAUGGAAGUCUUCCUUGUGACUGUAAUCCUAAGGGAUCUGUUGACAAAAACUGUGAAACAUUUGGUGGACAGUGCCGUUGUCGUCAGAAUGUAAUUGGGAGAACCUGCAAUAGGUGUAAGACAGGGUAUUAUGGCUUCCCUGAAUGCAAAAGUAAGUGGAAAGUGUUAUAUUUAUAAUUGAGUGCAUUCUUCUUUGGUAAAAUUUCCCCUAAAAAUUAAGUUGGUAGAAAAUUGUUUGCAUGUAUAUACCAGUUGUGGAAAACCCUUUUGACCUGGGCAAAAGCACAUGUACACCAACACUUUUCUUAUUUCAGGAGUAAGCAGUGCUGGUGGUUUUCCAAACUAAAGAAUAAACCUUCUUUCACCAGACAGUCUUUGUAAAAACCAGACCUAUGCCUGAGUAGUUCUUGUUUUGGAAUUGUAGUUAGAGGCUUCAUCUGUUAAAAAUUUUCAAUUUAAUUUUUACCUGAUUAAAAUCUGCUUUCUUUUGAAAUUUAAGGAUGCCGUUGUGUUUUCUGUAAUGAGAUCACUGGGGCCUGUGAUUGUCCAAAAAACACUGUUGGGCCAAACUGUGAAUUCUGCCUGCAAGGAACCUGCUGUUAUGACCCUAUCCUUGGUUGUGAGGACUGUGGCUGUGAGAGGUUUGGUGUGGUUGGUAACAAUAUAGCAUGCAAUCCUAACACAGGGCAGUGUAACUGUAAACCAUCUCACACUGGGAAGAAAUGUAAAAAGUGUGCUGUUGGAUAUUUUAACUAUCCUUUGUGCCAGAAAUGUGAAAGUUGUGAUCCCAGAGGAGUUGACAGUAGGAUAUGUGACAGCAAUGGUGGAACAUGCUUUUGUAAGGUGAGCUCUUAGGAUUGUUGAAUUGAUAAGUAAGGUAUACCCCUAGAGGGUACUCCCUAUAAAAAUAAUAAUACUUCAUGGAGUAAAUCUGUGGGGGAUGGGGAUUUUUUUGGCUGUUAUAUUAACCUUAAAUAAACAUUGCUAGGGUUGAUAAAAGACUGUAAGUAAUUGGCUGUCAAAGUCAUCCAUCUGAUAAAUGAGCAGAAUAAACUCUGGAAUGUAUUUGUUAAACAACCUAUCAUUAGGUGGCUACUUGGUGGACUGCUUUCUCAAGACACUUUGAUCAAAUACAAUAGUGAUGUCAUUAUUAUUCCUCAUAGUCAUCUUUGCAGACUAAAGUUUUAUGAAUUAAAGCUCUUUGAUUUGACCCUUUUUGGUAGCCUGGAGUCACUGGACCACGCUGUGAUAAAUGUGCAGCUGGACGUUUCAAUCUAGAUGCUAACAAUCCAGAUGGCUGCUCUAAGUGCUGGUGUAAUGGCCUGUCUAAAGUUUGUGAUAGUGGCAAUAAGUACUGGUAAGAAUUGUUGAUAUCUAACCAUGUCAGCACCUUGAGCCAAAUGGCCCACAUGGUCAGAUUAUCUGGGUUUCUUUCACGAAGUAACAAUUUGUGUCACUAACCCCCCCUCUCCUCCCGGAUGGAAUGCUAGUCCAUGGCAGGAUACUACCCUCCCCCUCAACCCUUACCCCUUACCCCUUCCCCCCUCACCCAUAACCCCUUACCCCUCCCCCCUAACCCCUAGCAUUUCCUUCCACAGGCUGAUUGCCUAUACCUACAGUAGUUGAACUUGCAGGUGGGGAGAAGCACUGCAAUGGUGAAGAGUCUUGUUCAAAGAAAACAGCAAAAUUACCCAACCAGGUUUUAUACAAGGACCUCUGGAUUUCUCAACCCUGAAUCAAGCUCACUAAUUCUUGACCCACUUUGUUUCCCAGAUACAUGUACAUAGUUUACUUACCAAAGCAAUGUUGGCAGAUGCCUAUAGAACUAUAAAGAAAGCCUUUUAGCACAAUACUGUUUCAAUUUGUACCUUGAAAAAAACCUUUUUGAAUUAACAUGCGGUAUAUUUAUAACUUAAUAAUGUGAUGCUUUUUACAUUUCUUUCUUGUGUGGAUGACAUGCAGUUUUAUUUUCUUUAAAGGUCCAAAAUUAAUACCAUGGACUAUUGGAAGUUAGAGAACAGUCCAGCUAUUGUGGUUAAAAUUGAUGAAACUAAACUCUCUGCCUCAGUAAGCAGCCAAAGAGAUGAAAAAGGCAAACCAAUCUACUGGAUAGCACCCAUGGAAUACCUUGGACAAAAGGUACAUGAGACUGCAACAUCUUAGUUGCUUGUGAAAAGGAGCUGAUCUUUGGCAUUUCAUCCACAACACAACCAUGUUUUACUCUGAUGCAAACAAAGGAAUGUUCCUUAUAGUCAAAGUUAUUUUCCUGUAAUAUCACAAUAUACUAUUUCAUUUAUGAAACCAUGGUUAUGUAUGAUACGUACAUAUUGAAAGUUUGAAAUUCAGUGAUGUGCUCUGUAAACUAAGUUCAUCGAGGGAAGUAUUUGAAAAGCAACUGAUUUGUUGUGUAUCUUAGAUUUCAUCUUAUGGUGGCAAACUGAUGUACACAAUCAGUUAUGAAGUACCACAAGGAGAAAGUUCACCAGUCUUGACGAUGAAACCUGACAUUGUGAUUGAGGUACUUGUUCACUUUAUCUUUUUCAAGCUAGAACAUAAGAUUAGUUCAGGGCUCACCUUCUCAAAACUUUCCUCUGGUCAGUGUCACUUCCCUCUGGAUGGAAUCCUGAUCUAUUUUUGGUGACCCCUGAACCCUUAACUCCCAAGAUCUGAUUGCUAAUUCUUCCCACUAAUUGCUAUACAUUUCCUUGUAAAUUAGUUACAAGAAUUUGGUGCUAUAUCAAGAUUUAAAAACCUCUCCCUGAAAAGUUUGGGUAUUCCUAUCACUUGUUUGCUUUAUAGUGUGGUAAUCACUUCUUAGAGUUAUGAGAGUUGCAAGUUUUUGUUACAGUUUUCCUGAGUUCAAGGAUGGAGAUAAGAUGUCUUUAUUGCACUCAAAACACUAUGCAAUGACUGUGUGGGGAGUUUGACUGGAAUCUAGUGUCCUGUUUGUUAUGCAUUAAGUUAUUAGGUCUCAUUUGUCAAUUCUUAUUGAUGCUGAACUUACAAUCUACUCCAUUAUUAAUGAUUGUGGAUAGAACUCAGUGUAAUAUGGAUUUAACCAUAGCUGAAAGUGAAGGCAGUGUGUAUAGUAACACGCUAUAUUUGUUAUUUGAGACUGUAGAUAUGUGUACAUUAAUAAGAACAAUUUUGACAAUUUUUUUGGGGGGAGAGGGAAUUUAAUUUUUAUGACAAUUCCUAUUGAAAUUUUAACAAUGAGUAAGUCUUAAUUUUGUAAACUGUCCAUUAAAAUGUUGGAAGCAAUAAUCUUACUUCUUGCUGUAGGGUAAAAAUGGCAAAGUGCUCUUGUUCAAAAAGCAGUUGGAACUUUCUCCAGGACAGACAUCAGCGAUUGAGGCACAGUUUUUGGAGGUGAGUGUGAACACCCAAUGGCAAUUUGUGGUCAAAUGUUGUCUGAAGUCAUUUCAAGUUUUUCCGUUUGCUACCUCUGAGGGUAUAUAAUUUAUAGUUGCCAUAACAAUAUAUUGCUUUUGUCACUUAUAGUAUCUUUGGGAGGAUACCAGUGGAUCCAAUGUAAGCAGGGAUGACUUCAUGUCAGUUUUUCAUGACAUAAAAUCGCUGAAGCUGAGGGCCUCAUACAGCACAGUGGUUUCAGACGUCAGGCUCAGUGAUGUUGAAAUGGAUGUUGCAGUAGAUGAGCCUGUUGACGGAGCAAUGAGAGCAAUGAGUGUAGAAAAAUGUGAAUGUCCAGUGAAAGCUACAGGAGAUUCCUGUGAGGUGAGAUACAAAGUCACUAAGCCAAGUUGCGCAAGUAAUAUACUUAAAACAAGACACCCUUUUUUUUUUUUAUAAUAGCAAGACUUGAAUACAGUGUUUCAGUCACUUUUGCACAUACCAUUUUGAAUUGAUAGGAAAUUAUUUCUUUUGUGAGGAUCCAAUGCAACUAUAGGAGUGACAGGAUUAAAUUGAAUAGAACAAAACCCAGUAGUUGAUUCUACCGGGGAAAACAACGGGUCCAGAUUUUCAAUCUUCACUACAAUGCUUUGUCUGAGAUGGGAGAGUGCUCUUUCAAAUGUGUAAUGUCUGCAUUACUUGGGGGACUGGGAUGGCACAGUAGUGAGAUGACCUUCCCCCCACCACUGUGGCUGAGAUUUGAUUCCUGGACCUGGCAUCAUAUGUGGGUUGAGUUUGUUAUAGGUUCUCGUCCUUACUUGAUGAUUUUUGUCUGGGUACUCAGGUUUUCCCCCUGCCACAAAAAACAAAAUUCCAAAUUCUAGUUCCACAUGGAAACAAUGGGCAAGAAGAGCCACCUUAGGAAUGUGUAUUGUUAAAUUCUUUUAUUAUCAUCAUUCAUACUACCAACUUCUCUUACAUGUGAAUCAAAUUACAAAUAAUGCAUUUUCUUAAACUGAGGAGCAACCAUUCUAGAUGUCAACAAAGUGAUCACAGUGAUUUGUCUUGCAAUGAUCGCUCUGUGUUGUAAUUUGCAGCUUUGUGGAAAAGGUUAUACUAGAGCUCCAGAUAACACUUCCUGUGUACGCUGCAACUGUUUUGAUCACUCAGAGGACUGUGAUGGAGAAAGCGGAGAAUGUUACAGUUGUUUGCACAACACCACAGGUAAGGUUGAUCAUAGUGAGUAGUGCGCUGAAUCUCUAAUAUACACCAUUUAACAUAAUUUGGGAUCAAAAGAGUUUUGGUAUGGAAAGAGGGUUCAAGAUAAUUGAAUAAAGGGGCUAAGUUUCUAAAGAAUCUGUGGCUCUGUGUCGGUGUGGGAGUAUAAGAAGAUAAUUUGGUUUUAUCAACAGAGCUGAUAAUGUAAUAUGACUACCAAGAAGAGUUUUAAAGCUAAAAUUUUGAGGUUAAGCCUUUAUCAUUUGCCUUGAUGAAGGGCUAAUGUUGGAAACCUCAGCUUUUAAACUCUUCACAUGACCACUUUACAUUAUCAACUCAGUUGAUAACACCAAAUUAUGGUGUUCGAGAUGAUUGGACUGUUUUUUUUGUUUUUUUUUAGUAUAACAUCAAAGUAUAGGGUCUUAGGAAACCCAAGUGUCCUGUAUUGCCAAAGUUGAUUAUUAAUCAGAAAUCCCUUUUAAUAUCUUUAAACUAGCAAAUAAUUUUUCUGGUUUAUGUUUUAGGGCCAAACUGUGAAGUCUGUGAACCUGGUUUCUAUGGUGAUGCCACCACAGGCACCCCACUGGACUGCAAUAUAUGUGAAUGCCCCCUAGGAAUAGUGUCAAACAGCUUUGCAACUGAAUGCUCCCUGAAUUCUGUCAAUGACCUCAUUUGCACUUGUAAAGAAGGAUAUGUUGGACAGAGGUGCAACAAGUGUGCUGAUGGUUUCUAUGGUGACCCUUCUGAUCCUGGUGACUAUUGUAAGAGGUGUGGUUGCAGUGGUAAUAUUGAUUACAACGUCAAUGGAAGUUGUGACUCCCUGACAGGAGAGUGUCUCAAAUGUAUCAAUACUGCAACAGGAGACCAGUGUGACCGCUGUUUGAAUGGUUACUAUGGUGAUGCAGUUGUUGCAAAGAACUGUGCAAGAUGUGCUUGUAAUGAUUGUGGCACGGUAACUGCAGUUUGCAAUCAUACCACUGGGUCUUGCAUGUGUAAACCCAAUGUCAUUGGGGAAAGCUGUGACAGCUGCAAGGUAAUCAGUCAGUUAAUUCCAUGAAGUAUGCCGGUGUAAUCAGUAAUUCACAGCUCUAGAGAAAGAGAAAAAUUCUGGCUAUUUUCCACUUAAUUUUUAGCCCAAUACCUGGAACUUUGACAGCUGUUUGGGGUGUGAAGAUUGUGACUGUGCACCAGCAUCACUAUCAACAUCAUGCGAUGUGAAAACAGGUCAGUGUGAAUGUCCAGAGGGCGUGACGGGAAGGAGGUGUGACAGAUGUAAGGCAGGGUACUUUGAAUACACAAAGAAUGGCUGUCGUGGUAAGUACCUCGGUCUCUAUUCAUUUUAGUUUUAUUUUGGGUCAAUUUCUCGUCUUGAGAUGUUGGGUUACAUUGCAUAAGCUAUGAAUGUUUGGACUUCUGCAUGUUUCAGUGUAUUUACAUGCUUAUUGUUAUCAAAAUGAGGAGGUCAGAACUGCUGGAAGUACCAGUUCAGUUUAUUUUCCCUAAAAAUAUACCAUGCUUCAGAGCAUUUUUAUAACUACUCUGUACUAGUAAUUUAAGUUUUAGUUAAAGUCUGUGUUUGUCUAUGUCUCUUAUUCAAACAAUAUGUUAAAAUAUUUUGCUUCAGCAUGCACCUGUGAUAAGGGAGAAGACAACUUGUUCGGCUUUUGCGAUGUGAAUACUGGUCAGUGUUGUAAGCCAGGAGGGAACUGUACCAUUUGUCCUGUGAAUUACAUCCUAACUUCAGAGGGCUGUCAAUAUUGUGGUGAAUGUGUUGGACGUCUCCUGAAAACAGCCACUGAACUGGACCGUAAUCUUUCCUUGGCUCUCAAGGCUGUAAAACAGGGAACAGCUGGAAUUAUUGCUGAAGGACGAUUUUCAGACCUAAAUGAAACUUUGCAAAGGUACUUGAAAAGCAAGCUUUGUUUUUUCUGAUGUAAAAGAUGAUUACAAAGUGGCAGAAAUUUUCCUUUGCCUUUCUUUUGGCUCUGGCUUAUAGUGAUAUAGCUAAGGUUUAUUUUUCAAUUAUGAAGAUGGUAAAAACAUCAUCAAAUAAAUAUUGAUUCAAAAAACACAUACUAUCACAAACAGUUGUGCAGGAUUAAACAUGAUCCUAUAGUUAGUCAUUAUUAAGCAUUGCUGCCUUCUUAUAAGCAAUACUGAACCUUUUGAACCUGAGAAUUAUUGGUAUAAAGAGUCAAUUUCCCAAAACUGCAAAGUACAUGUAGGCUAUUCCUGAGAGCUGCAGGAGUACAGAGUUGGGUCACUACUAACAUAUGAUUACUCACUAUCAGGUUAAUUCCACCAACUAAUGAAUAUAAUUCAACCAUGGAAGAACUGUCCAAGGUAGUUGGAAUGUCAUUGGUAAAUGGUAAGAAUCAUCAUACUCAGUGCAAUUGUAAUUCCUGUUUAAAUAAAUCUUAAAAAAGAGAAGUUAAAUCUUCAGAGACUCUUUUAUUUCUCAAGUCCAGUCAAUGCCAAACCUUAAUUAGACAAUUGUAUCACCCAUCUGAUAUGUUGGAAACUGUUGGAAAGUCAAAUAUGUUAUCAUCACACAGAUCAAUACUAAUUAUGGUAAUUUGCACCUUUAGAUUUCAUGUUGUUUUUUCAUCAGAGUAAUACACAAGCUAUUAGCUAUUAGUUAAUCUUUGGCUCACCAGUGACAUUUUUGAGCUAAGGUUUUUCAAUCGUAAUAGAAAUCAGAGAGCCAUUACAACUCUGAAAAGUGAUGAAGUGCCUCCAAACACAUGGAACCAUGUUGCUGUUACAUAUGAUUAUGACAGUGGUAAAGCAAGGCUUUGGGUUAAUGAAAAGUUGCAGGAUGAAGCCGAUAUUGGUGUAAUUGAGCUUGCCACUGAAAGUGAAUUUGUGUUGAUGGGUAGUGUGGAAGGACUACCCUUCUAUUUUAAAGGCCGAGUUGCUUGUCUUCAGAUUUAUGAUGAAGCACUCACUAAGAAACAGUUAUCUUUUGCAAAACAUGCUUGUGACCCAGGUAAUCAACAAUAUUUCUGCACAUCUAAUAUUACUAUCUUGAUCAUCAUACAGUUAACAUUUACACAUAGAUAAUUUGUUAACUUUUAGCAUCCUUACAUUGGUGUUCAUGUUCUCUGUGCUGCCCUCUUUACAUUUCCUGUGGUACUUAAAAGAAGUAUUUGUUAACAAUCAGGAGCUUCUUAAAAUAAUGAUAAUUUCCUUUAUUCUCAUGACCUUUACGUUUAAGUCAAGGUUGAUGUUGGAAGGAGAAAUUAGAAGCCUGCCAUUUUUUCUGGAGUUAAAGGGUUAAUCAGUUAUAACACAUUGAUAUCACUACGUUACACUCAUUUUACCUUGGGAUAUUUACUGUCUAAUGAAUAUUUUCAGUGAAAAAAAGUUGUGUUUCUGAUACAGGCUUUUGUAAAUUCCAUAAGUUCAAUUUUACCAUUACUUCAUUCUCUUUUUCAAUAACUGUCCCCUUCCCCCUCUUUCUAUGAGAUAUAUGCAUAUGUUAUUGUACGUCCACCAUCAAUCUAAUGGCUUAUAGCUGCUGCAACACGUUAAUGUUUGAGCGAGCAUCCACAAUAUUUCUAGUUGGUAGCAAACCAGCUUCCCCAGCCCUCUUCUGCACUCAAAUUUUAUUCCUGUUAUUGUUUGCAAAGUGGUCUUCUAAGAGAUUUACAAGAGGUAGUAAUACUUGUUGAUUCUGUGGGCUAACUAUUUGAUCCCAGCAGCUGCAAACACAAGCUCUGGAGAUGUUGAUGAGGAUAACAAUCUCAUUAAAAGGACAGACAGUAGUGAAGAAACAGUAAAUAAUGUAACAACAAUGGUAAUGAUGAUAACAGACCAAGCAAAAAGGGCUUUGGAAACUUCCACAUCUACAAAGGAAGAAGCUCUUGAAUUAGAAGAAGAAAUUCGUAAGGCCCUUAAUCGAACUUAUGGUAAGUAGCCUUUUAGUUCUUGUUAGUUAAGAACAUUUUGUUGCCUUUAGGAUGUAUGACUUGCAAAUUGCAAUUUAGAAGUUGAAUAAAGAAAAAGAAAAAAAUCUGGAAACUUUUCAACCUAUUACCCUAUUUCUUAAUAUUUUGUAUUUACUAUUAUUCCAAGUAAUUUUUUACCAUUUCAGACAUCAUAGUUAUGGCAGAGAAAAUAGCUAAAAGCUUAAAGAAUGAAAAGGCCAACCAAACUUUGUUGUUAGAAAAAGCUGAAGAAAUCUUAAAGGAACUAUUGGAAAGAGACUUUGAAUCUGCUAAUAAUACAAUGGUUGAAGAGCGUGAACUGGUGAUGGCUGCUAUCGAAAGAGCAAAAGAAUAUUUGAAUGACACAACAAGUUUAUUAAGCAAAGUUAUGGAUGUGAACAAAACUCUGGAUGAACUCUUUGGUAAAUUUAGUUCAAUUGUGGAUGAGUCCAACAGAGUUUUGGAAAAUGUCAGCUAUGCUUUGGGUUUAAACAAUAUCAGCAAGACUUACGACUCACAGGUAAUUACAAAAUUUCAGUGAUAAUGCUGCAUUUUAUGUCAUCAUAUGUCAUAAUUUACUGUGUGUACUAUGAUAAAUCAAUUUCACUGUGCAGCCUGCUAAAUUGACUAAUGAUAAGAAGUAAUAUGUAGUGUUCUUUUGCUUUAAUCAACCCCAUGUCAUUCAUAGCACUCUAUACUUCAAGAGGUAUAAAUAAUGUAGGUGUAAGUCAAGAUCUUAUUGUUGUUCUUUUCUUUGUGUUUGUAUGUUUGUUUUUCAAAGGAUCCUUUGAAUUUUCUCACCUUGUAUUUUCCAGUUGAUAUGAAAAGUCAGUGAUAGUAUGAUUGACUUGUUAGCACUGAAAGAAAUAGAGUACUUAUUUCAUGUUUACAUUUCUUACUUAAACAAGGGGGGAGUGGGAGAGUGUCAGAUGCUUUCAAGAAUUCUUUGAACCUCUUAAGUGUUUAGGUGGGUUAAAAUGGGAAGAGUCCUCAGUUGCUAAUAAAAAUAUGUCUUAAAUUGAUUUGUGAAACAAACACAUCUCAACCAUGUUUGUAUGUUUUUUUGACCUGUAUCAGUAUGUAUAGUAUAUCAUUUUUAUAGUACAUAAUUUUUCAUAUGAUAUAAUUUUUUAUAGUAUAUCAUUUUUUUAUUCAUAUCACUAAACAUCAGGACCUGGUUUAAAAUUUUUAUUUCAUGUAUUAUAAUAAUGUUGUAAGAAGUAGUUUUUUAUGUUGUUCCUUAGACACCCAUGAAAGAAGCAGUGGGUUUAAAGAAAGAGGUUGACACUGCCUUGAAUAACCUGGAAGGUGUGAUACAGACUGCUAAGGAUAAAGUACAAAAUUCCAGUACUUACCUACAGGUACAACUAGGAGCAUUUUUUCUUGAAUAUUCUGUAAAGGGAUAAUGUCAAUCAUAACACCAGCCUAAUUAGCACCUUCAAAAAUUUGUGGAACUGCAUUUUUUUUAAUCCUGCAUUUGCUUUAUCAUGUUGUUCCCUAAGGCUGCUUCCUUUUUAACAGCAGUAUCCAGCAUGGAGCCAUAACUUUUUCUCACUCUUCAGAUAUUUUUCACAUCUGUGUGGAUGCAGCACAUACUAAGUCCUUUUUCAGUGUGUUGCAAUAUUCUACUGGACAAACUCUAGUGGGAAUUAAGAACCACAAAUCUUUGUUUUUCCUUAGUUAUAACCUUUGUUUAACUCAGGACUUACUGUGUGUUUUUUGUGGGACAACAGUCUGUAAAAAACUUUUUUCCGAUAAGUCUCAGGUCCCUUGGAGCUAACAGAUACAAUUUUGAAAAUUGCUCAAAAGCUAUUCACAAGAAAAGUAAAUGUGAAGGGCACUGGAGACUAGAGUAGCUUUAUUGCAGUCGAUUCUACCUGUGUUUGCAAACAGUCGAGCUUUACUUGUUGGGGCAGGUUACUUUACACACUGAAUAUAGUGUUGUUUCACUUUUUAGCCUCUUGCUAUUUCACAUUUUCAUUUCUUAACCCCUAAGAUUCCCCCUCAAGCUGCUACACAUUUCCUUUUAAAUUAGCUUGGGGAAUUAGGUCUAAGAUCAAGAUAACUUCAACCUGAUAAGUUUGAGUAUUCUCAUUACCUGUUUGCAGUAUAAUGCAAGGUUAGAGUCGAGUUAAGGAUGCUGGGAUAUGUCAUUGCACGUCAUUCUCUAUCCCAUCUUAUUAUUCAUCUUUUUCAGGACUUUAAUGAAAGUUUUCCUCGCCUUGAUGAUCUUAUUGAAAAGGUAGAUGAAAAGAUGGCCAAUCUUUCUCAAAUCCUGGAUGAUUUAAAUCCUUUAGUUGAUAUGGCUCAGAAUCAUUCGGAAGAACUGCGUAAGCAGGCUGAUGACCUAGAAAAGCUGCUGACAGACAUUGAGUUUGCGCGCAAAGCUUACAAUGCGUCAGAAAGAUAUUCCAACAUUGCUAAAGCAUUAAAGGAAGCAUUAGCCAUUGCCCAAGAAGCUGAGAAAAUUGCCAUGAAAGCCAAAAAUGAGGUAUGCUCUAUGUUUAAUAUUUCAAAUGGCAGUUCUUAAUGGACUGUAAAUUCACAAAUAUCAAACGUUGUACAAAAAAACUACUAGUGAGAGAACUGGCAGAAUGGCUCACACUAGAUUUCUUUACUCUUUUUUUUUCAUUUUUUUUUUAGGGGGGGGGGCGAGGAGGAGGAGUGUAGGGGUUGGGGGUGUCACCCACGUCUCCUCUUUUGUCUCCUGUUAGUUGAUUUUAUUGUUCAAGUGACUCUUGUUUUUAAGUUGCUAUGUGCUCAAUGAAACAAGAGUUUUCCUCAUGAAGUGGUUUUGUUUGAGCCUUUGUUUCUGUACGCUGUGACUGGUGAGUAUUUUACAUUUGACUUUGAGAAGAAAAUGAAGCCAAGUUGUUCGGAGACUUGUGAAAAUGUUCCACGGGUCAGGUACUAUUUUUUGUGGGCUUGGAGAACUGAACAGAAGUUGUAGUUAUACAGAGGUAGAGAAUAAAGGUGUGAAUGGCUUAAUAUUUGUGUUUUGAGGAGAUUAGAGACCAAUUAGAGAGAGUAUAAAGGAAGGACUGUAGAGAAUUGACUGCCAAUGAAUGGGGGGGGGAAGGGGUAACAAGUUAUUACAGAGACUUAGGGGAGAUCCGGGGAAUUAUUUUGUGACAGAAACCAAAUAACCCAACCCCCCAUUCAUGCGAUAAACAGUAACUGUCCCCCCUUAAUAUCAUCUUCUUUAGUGGUCAGUGGUGAUUCUUGUUUUAGUUGAUGUGUACUGAAAAGCGACUCAAAUUUCGUCCUUUUUCUUUUUUAGUCCCAAUCUCUCAGCAACAGCGUAGUGAAAUCACUGAAUGUGAGUGAAGUGUUAAAUGAGACUGUGUCAAGCACUGAGGAUAAAGUGGACAAUGAACUGUUAGACUUACUGAAUGAUGUCAAGACUAGGCUGGCACUUAUCAAAGCUAAAAUCAGAAAUGUCUCCAUGGAUCUCCUUGAUGUAGACUCAAAUUUUCCUAAAUUACAGGAACUGACAGAUCUCAUGGGUAAGUUUUGAUAGCUUUGGUUUUUCCACUGAAAUAGAGUAACUGAAUACCAUUUGUUCUGUUGCAUGUUUUUUUUAGAUCAGAGAAUUAUUAUUUGUUUUUAACUCCCAAGAUUGUUAUUUCUCCCUUCUAGCUGCUAUACAUUCCUUGGAAAAUAGUUAUGGGAAUUUGGUGUUAGAUCAAGAUAACAACUUCUGCUUGAAUAUUCUCAAUACCUGUUUGCUGGACAAUGUAUGUACAUUAACGGGGGAAGUUAGAGGUUAAUCUCUUAUGGGGUGAAAGGAUAACACGCUGUUUGUUACGCAAAUAGUAAAAGAAGAAUAUUUUAUGACUCAGAUGGGAAAGGUCGUGAACUUGGGGAGAAUGCAACAGAUUCAAAAACCAGAGCAGACGAUGCAAGGAAGAAAGCUGAAGACAUUAAGGUGCUAUGUGUUGGAAAUUUGGUUUCGAUAAAACGUCUAUUGUGCUAGUGUAAACAAAAAGUUUGAUUUUAAAACUUUGUCACAAAGUUGAAAGUGAGUGUAAAGCUGUUUUAAUGAAGUCUUAUGUUUGCAUUCAUAAAACUAUGAUGUGUUGCAAGCUUUGAAACUUUCUGAAUUUUUGUUACCAAUUAGAUAAUCAUUUUCGCGCUCGAAAGUGUUUGUUUAAUGUUAAUACAAUAAACUAUCAUCUUGACUCCUUGACCUUCUCAUCGUGCUAACUGUAGCAAUUAAACAAAACAACAUUGCCUUUGCCUCCUAGGAUCAGCUGAGUGACCUAUCUGGGCUAAGGGACUCUAUUGUCGCGACAAACAGCAACAUAACAGAAGCUGAAAAACAAGUGAUGAAUGGUUUAAAUAUGUCUUUGGAAAUUAGAGAGAAAGUGCUGAUUCAGGAAAAACGACACCAACAGAUUCUUAACGAGUUGGACUCUGAGGUGUCGCGACGUUUAAUGGACAUCAAAAAUAUGAUGAUUAAGGCAAAUAAUCUGCUCAAGUUCACCACACCUGUUAUGAAGUUUGAUGGGGAGACUACAAGUUCACCAUUACUACCUCCUGCUAUUAAGCAGGAAGUUAGAGCUAUGAACAUCUUGAUGUAUUUGAACCCUGAUAAGCCCGAUGGCUUGGUAAUGUUCCAGGGAGAUGCAGAAGGCACCAGCACUCUUCGCCAAAAACGUCAGUCUCAGGAAUCUGACUGCAAGACGGAUUACAUAGCUGUGCAGUUGAAGGAAAGGAAACCACAGUUGAAGAUAUGCACAGCAGUUAAGGGACUUGUGGAGAUUGGGGUGAAAGAUAACGAUUUUGAGAUGGAGACUACCGGCAAUGUCUGGUAUAAGCUUGAAGUUGACAUGUAAGUUUCAGUGUUUUAAUACUGUGUGAUUUGUAAUAAUAUGCUGAUCAUGGCUGUUUAAAGAGUGAGAUGGAGAACGGAAACAGUAACAUCUUUUUAAACCUACAACAGUUUGUUAAGGUGAAUUGGAAUGAUCAAGAACAAGGUUAUUCACCAUUAUAAACUGAACAAAAAGUAGUUUUGAUAUAAAACAAAAGAGUUUGUGUAUGCGGAAAUCUUAACGUUUUGGGCACAACUCAGAGACAUUGUAGCCUGAGCCGUGAGGCGAGGGUUAACAUGACUCUUAGAAGGGCCUAAAACAUAUUUAUACCCAAGAACACUCUACUGCUACUAUUAUUGUUAACUUGGAGGGCAUCGAGAAACAAAAAACUGAAAAAAAGGAAAACAAAACAGCCUGAACAAUCACGCGAUUGUCUACUGUAGCCUCCACAAACGCACCACAAUGCUCGACGAAAUGAUAACAGUAAAAACUGAAUAAGUGCUGAGAAGAUUUCAAGAAACCUUGGACUUACUCAAAGAGGUCAUUGUAUCAAGCUGUCAUUGUUAAUAGGUUCCACAAGUUUUUGUUGCUACUACCUCCCAUAUUACAGUAAGUGGUUAGAACCCGGGCGUAACACCUAAUAACGUAGUUUGAUCGUCCGUACGAGUGUAGUCCUAAGAGGAACUGUCUUCGGUAGUGGUGACUGACGUUUCGACGUUUCCUGAGCGGAGGUCACCAUCAGAGUCUGAUGGAACAGGGUACUCAUAGAUAUGUGGGAUGCAGCACGUUUUCUGUUUUGCAUGUGAGACAUGAGGGUUUAUUUAUCUCCUUAUUAUAAUGGAUUGGUUUUUCUGUUUUGAUUUACAGUGCCGGGGAUUGGGCAAAUCUUACAAUUAAGUACUUUGUUAAUAAAAAAGAGGAGAUUGUAAGAGGGCGGAGGUCAUUAAAACUGGAUAAUCCCAAAAUAGUAUUCAACAAGGACAGUGAUUUGAUUGUUGGUGGUGUUCCUGUGAAAAUGAAACUGCCAUCUAAAGUUGAAGCGGUUAAUUAUACAGGAUGUAUUGAUGGCCUGGAAAUCAAUUAUCAUUUUGUAGGAUCAUGGAACACCGAGGUAUGUCUUUCACUGCAGGUGAAAUUGAGUCACCUGCUUCUUAACUUAACUUAUAUUAAGAGCAGUGUCUAAUUAAAUGUCGGAAAACCAAAGCCCAAAUUAUCUCGGUGAUCCAAUCAAAACAAAGGUGUACAUUAUCAUUAGCCAAUGAGAGCUCAGAGUGAAACCAAGUGCGGGAAAACGUGAAUGACCAAGUUGCAAUUGUUUUUACUUUUCCAUAUGAUUUGUUGAAAGGAUGGCUCGAAUUUUCUGGCCCAUUUACAGAGCAAAGUUAAGUGAAACUAAAGCAAUUGUGGAUUACCUGCGACACUCAUUUGAAAAUUUCUCAGAUACGGUAUUGAAGGUCCGUUAUUUUAAAUUUUGGUUCUUGUAGGCUCUGUGUGUUGUUGGGAUUUGGGUCAACUUGAUGAGUUGUUGGACAUGUCAUUUUGGCGAACUAAGUCGGCGAUCUCAGUCAGGAAACAUUCGCCUUUCAUCCUUAAGUAAAUUACAUUUAAACUUUCAGUAAUAUUUGCGCACUCUUUAUGAUAUAUUUCCUUUUAUUUUAAUUCCUUGUAGAUUCUUGAGAAACCUUCGAAAAAUGAAGUGUGUCCCUCGCGUAAGGGUGCCACAGAAUUUGCUGUGGAUGAAGAAAACGCACCCAGAACUUUCUUUGGUACUGGUUAUGUCAAGUCUGGACCGUAUCAAGAGGAUGAUCCUAUGGGAACCUUCGAUCUAAAAUUUAGAACAACUUCCUCAAAUGGAAUCUUGGUUAUUGCCAUUGAUGAUGAUGAUGCAUCUCUUUUCCAGGCCCUUGAGUUAAUUAACGGGCGCGUUGUUCUCUCUUACAAUAUGGGUCAUGGAUACAGAAAGCUGACUUCCACAAAGUUGUAUGACAAUGGAGUGGAGGUCACCAUUGUAAAGAGGGAUGUUGAUAGAAGAGGUUUCAGGUUUUCAUUACGUAUUACAUCCGAAGACGGCAAGCGUGAGGUGCUUGCCGACGGUAAAUCGUUUUACAAGGAUCGACGCCCCAGGUUUGUGAAUGCUGACUUUGUAUACUGGGGAGGCAUGGAGAACAGAACUUCCAUUCCUGUGAACGUGUAAGUACUUUGAGUAGUAUUAUAUUAUACAUACUAGCUGCUGGAUAGUUUUUUUCUUGUUGAAAUUUUUUUCAGUUUCACGGGUGAAUUGUCAAAAUUUGGACACCUGAAGAUGGUAGGGGGAAAGGAAGGGGGCCUGGGGCAGAAAACAGUGGCGCUUGAGAUGGUCGGCUUUAGCAUAACAGUUUGCCACGGUGCUCCUGAUUAUUUUCUCGGGCUCCCAGAUUAAAGUGAUGCUUGCAGCCAUUUACACUUCAAAAAAGAAAAUGGAUCAAGUUCUGGACCUUAUUCAGGGAGGGUACUCGGGUCAAUUUUUUGCUGGGUAUGUGCCGUGACCUCUAAGAACCCCUGCCUCUCUGUAAUUUAUUCUAUGACCAAUAAUAAACCCUUCCCACCCCCACCUCCCAGAGACGGUGUCAGUUUUUGUUGAGUUGAUGUAGACAGGAGAGCUGUACUCCCUCAGACCCUGAACUUGGUGGUUUGUGAAAUCAUAUACUUUCUUUAUCAUCCAGGACCAAAAGCUUUUUUAAAGGUUGUCUGUCUGAUAUGAAGUUAUCCACCGGUGAAAUCAAAGUUCAGCCCAGCCCAGGAUACAUUUUUGGGUGUAAAGUCAAGGUAUGUUAUUUCAAGAAUCUCCCCAAAAUGAAAUGAAUACUGUUUGAAGUGAAUUACAUGAUUGUCCUUUCGCCAUUCAGUAUUUGGCUUACGCACCACCAGGAAUAAAAAAGCCAAAGCCAAAGAUGUGUAAAAAAAAAAUUCUUCAAAUGGAAUUUUCAUUUUGUGCUAAGGGUUUGCAUCGUCUUUCCGUAAUAAGAGAGAGUAGGCUUCAUAAUAGUCCUAGAAACACAAUAAAUCCUACUUAUUUAUGAUAUUGUAGAAUACUCUUACGCUUUUCCUGAUUUUCUGAUCUGCAGCCAGCACAUAAUGUGACAUUCCUUGGAGCAACGAGCUACCUUGCUAUAGAACCAUUUCUGGGUCAGAAAGGAAGAGGUUUUAAUAUUGGGUUGUCCUUCAGAGUUGACCACAAAACUAAAAAUGGGCUUAUUUUCCUGGAGACUCAUAGUCAAGACGUAAGUGAUUCAUUCCAACCUUCUGAUUCCUCUUUAGUUUUCAUUAUCAUGCAGUUUGAGUUCUUCAAAGCCACGUCAAAAACACAGUAAAUUUUUCCAUUCAAUUACUUUUUUUGGAGCAAGAGUUCUACACUUACUCAUGCUCGUCGGUUAGUGACAUGCUGAGAAAUUCCAGUGAUAUUUCUUUGGCAUUUUCAAUGUUUUGGGGCAUUUUAUUGAGCUUACAAGCCAAGGCUUGCAUCAUGUUGGGCGUAGAAGUCAAAGACUUUGUUGGUUGAACUUUUUUUUGUUUAAAGCUGGGGCUCUAAAUGGUCAGCAUAUAACCCGAAUAUUGGUCUGAUCAAUUUUCCCCUUUUUUCUUGCAAAAGUAGAAGGGUUUGGAAAAAGGAAACUUCUGAGUGUUGAUUUGUUGUCAAAAUAAGGUGGUCACAAAAAAAGAAAAAAAAAAUCUUGAGGCUAAUCUUAUUGAAUGUUUUCCUUUUUUUUAUCAAUGUCUAAUUGCAGCCGGAUUUGAUUGCCUUGGGCUUGAUUGACGGAAAGCUGCGAUUUUCAGCCAGCCCUGGAAACAAAGCUGUAUCUGUAACGAGUAAAGCUAAAUACGAUGAUGGAAAAUGGCAUUUUGUACUCGUUCGUCAUACUGGUGUAGGGUAAGCAAAAAAGAAAAGACAAAUUUGCGGGAAAUGAUAUUAAGUCUCAUGUAUUAUGAAUUUCGGCUCUUUUCGUGUUUGUAGGAAGUCUGACAAAAAUGCAAAAUUAAAAGGAUCCUAGUUAAAUUAUUAUUAUAAAAUAAUUCAAAUAGUACGCGCGCUCUGAUAGGCCAUAAAACCAUUUUACAUGAGCGUAUGUAAACACGGUUUUCGUUCCUCUUUCAUUAAUUAUUUUAUAAAAGAAAUGUAAAAUGGUUUCCGUGUUUACAUAGCCUUAUGUAAACACUUGGGAGGUUGGGAGAACACUCGAUAAGCUGGAAACCUUCCGCGUGUUUACAUCAGGCUAUGUAAACACGGAAACCAUUUUACAUUUCUUCAAUUGUUACCAUUCAAUUAUUUGUUGAAUGUCAAUUAGUCACCAUAUUCUUGAAUCAUGUUUCUCUUCUGAAAAAGGGUAUUCAUAAAUAUGUGGGAUACGGUGGGUAUUUUUUUUAUAUGGGAAUAAAAAUCUUCUGCAAUCUUCUAGCGUCAUUUUAAAACCUCUAUUUAUGUUCAAUGCUAGUAAAAAUUGUGCAAUGUCAGUAGCUGCAUGCAUUCUCAUACUGGCUCCUUUUAGAUACCUUCUCUUUUCAGAAUAAGUUUUAUAUAAGUUAUAUAAGUUUUUUUGUUUUUGACAGCGUUGUUUUGUUUUGUUUUGUUUUUCUCGUUAUUAUCAGGAUUUCUAUGCGUGUGGACGAUGAGGAUCCAGUAGAAAAAAAAUUUGAAAACAUGAUGCAGCAGAACAUUCAGACCACUAACGAUAUGUAUCUGGGAGGAAUCCCUGAAAACUACAUGGAUACUGUUAGAAGUAUCGAUAUUGACAAUGUUAUUCUCAAUUCUCUGAAGGGCGGCUCCAUCCGAGACUUGACUUUUGAUCAAACGUGAGUUCAAAUUGUACUUUAUAGUUUGAUGUUUUUGGUCGUAAUUUUAGAAAGAAUCGUCUGAAUACUUCCUUCAAUAACUCAUAUGCUCCACGCAUUUUUCAUUCAAUGUUUUACCUUCUCGUACCGUUUGGAGAGAUCAAUCUGGUCAUAGCCGUUGGUAUGUUUAAAUCCCUAUACAACCAGAGGCAGAGGAUAGGGAGCACGCAUUAGGUGAACAUCUAUCGGCCUGAAUUCGUCACCGUCAUUUCCCCCCCCCAACCCUUAAAGAAGAAGAAGAAGAAAACGAGAAAAAAGGGAAAAUCGCUAGGUGUACCGGUUAGCCGAGUGAAGUCGGUUAAUCAAAGUGAAAGCUCGCUGUAAUUCACUGCAAUGGUUAGCUCAUCCGUGCUUACAACCAAGUCUUUUGGUGUAAACGAAGUGGCCAUUACAUUCAGUGGGCAUUACACCCCUUUACAUCUCCUCUCCCCCCCUUCCACCACACCUUGUCACAGCAAAUGGAAGUGUGACUCUGUAGUCCGACUCUGUGUUAAAUGCAACUAUUUUUAACGACCGAGGACUGAGCGCUACCAAAUCACCCCCACAAAACAUUCUGACCAUCAAACUUUGUCUGAGCGAGCUUAACAACUUACUUGCGAGAUGGUAAUUUUUCCUCACCACUGCGGUUGAUAUUCCAUUUGAUUUGUUCGUUUACAGACUGUUUGACUUCAAAAAGUAUAAGAGGAGAAGAAAUGUCAUAUUUGAUAAUGAUGAUUACUCAGAACCGUCGCCUAAGCUGGACAUAAUUGAGAGUAAGAGACAUCUUUCCUUCUGCUAAAUUUGAAAGGAGUGUAUUUGAAACAAAGAAAGCUACGUAUUGAAUGUGUGAUGAAGAUCAUUUCUUCGUGAGGGUUCAAAAUUUUGAUUUUGUAGUUCCUAAUCGCACGAAUUUUAAAAUUUCGCGCGGUACCUUUUUUUUUCUUUUUAGAAUUGCAAAAUCAUCGCGAGAUAAGACUGUUUGGUUUUAGUUGAGUGUGCUAUAAUUCUUAGAUUUGGAAAUUGCAGUGUAAAUAUGUAUGUUUCUUUGUGGAUGUAUUUACGUCGGAAAACCUCUACCCUGUUCCAGGCGUUCAGUUAGUCAGACGAGGUCCGAUAGUAAACAGCGCGAUAGUAGGGGAGGAGUGAAAAAAAAUCAGGGAGUUUUGGCUCGGGUCGCGAAAUGAAGGACCCGACCCAAACCUCUCUCGUUUUUGCUCCGCUGCUACUAUCUCGCCGUUCACUAUUUCGCUCCGCUUCACAAAUUGAACGCCUGGAAAAGGCUUGAAAACCUGCGGGAAAAGUGGUUAUUUUCUUCAUAUUGUUACACUGGUUUUGUGGUGGGUCGACUGUUCACUCUGUUUUGCGUCUCCCUAUUGAUUCUUUACAGAACCACCAGAUAUUGGGGAAAUGACAACAACAACCAGCCCUCCUCCGUCCACAACCACAGGUCCCCCAACAACAACAAUAUCAACACCAACAACAACUACAACAACAACAACAACACCACCUCAAGUGUGUCAAGUGCCAGAGAAACCAGCACAAGAGAAUGGAACUGGAGUGUUAGGAUUUGGUUAUGAUCUCAAUAGUCAUGCAAUGUAUACUGUGACUGGAAAUAAAGUUCUCUCCAAGUUAAUCAGUUUGACGUAAGUCGGAGCAUCAGUCAAUAUACAAACAGUAGUUCUGGAAAGUGACGCUUAUGCAUUUUGUUGGUUUAAUUGAGAACGAUAGUCACGCAAGAAACGGAUUGACCUAAAUUUACAGUUCUUAAAUAUCAUAAAGUGAUAUGAAAUCUCCAAUUUCCAUACGCGUCCUGUGGUCUUUUAAAAUUGGGUGGAAGAGCGGGAGAAGGGAGGGAAGGGGAUUAAGAAACGUUGUGCGGUGUUCUUACCUUUUAAGUCUCUUCCGAAUGGUAAUGUAUCUUUACAUUCAUUUUCAGGACUGAUUUGAGCUUUGAUUUCCGUGCUUCAAAUCCGAACGGAAUCAUUUUAUAUACCGCAAUCGAUAACGACAAGCAAGCGGACUUUAUUGUGUGCAAUUUGCUAAAUGGGAACGUGUCCUGUGGCUUUAGCGCCGGAGGGGGUAUCCUGCGGCUCACCUCACCUGAUGCAGUUUACAGUGAUGGCACUUGGCACACAGUCAGUUUCGUUUCUUGCUUAGAUUUUUUUUGUCGUUUUUUUGUUUGAUUUGGUUUUUUGGUUUGUUCUCAGUUGUUGUUUAUAUUAUCGUUGUUUUCGUUAUUUUUUGUAUUUUUUUGUGUGUUCGAUAUUUUAAUUUCUUUUAGAGUUCAUGGAAAUAACGUUAGGGAAGGUAUGGUGGGUUUAACCGAUUAUUUUAAUUUUUAGGUACAACUCACGCGCAAUGGGGUGGACGGCAAGCUUUUCGUGGAUGGUACACUUGUUAUGACUGGAGCCGCCGCUGGCUCUCCUAAGUUUAUCAAUGGACUCAAGGAGCUUUACCUGGGAGGCACUCCACAGGGUUUUGAUGCAAAGCGAGUCACGGUCAGCGGUGUUCCAGUAUAGAUAACUGUUUGUAUAAUACGUCAUCAGCACCUAUUAAGGGUACAAGGUUAUUUACGGGGGAGAGAGGGAGGGGGGAGAGAGGGAGGGAGGGAGGGGGAAGUUAGUUAUACCUUAAGUUUUGAUAAGUGAAUGUUCAAACGUUGUCUCACGAUUUUGAGAUGUUUCGGUUUUUUUAGACGAAAAUCUGCGUUCUGUUGGUUCUUGGGUGGUGUUCUGGACCAAUCUUUUCUGUACUGUGUGGGUUCUCUCCUCUACGAUUAUUAUUUUGGUUUAAUUGAAUGUUUACCUCUCUGUUGCCGUAUCCUGCAUUGUUUCAGGAGAUCAUGAAGAUCCUCUUUAUUGAACAAUUCAUCCUGUAAGAGAUAAACUCUUACUAACCCUAGGCAAAACCCUUGUAAUAGACUUGUUUUGCUUGUUGUCGUAGAUACUCGCCAGUUAGCAUCAAUCACUCAUUCACUGUUUUGAUUCUUUUCAGGUUGAUGCACGUACAAGUUUCCCAGGAUGCAUCAGGAACGUUAAAGUCAAUAAUGACGAUAUUGGUGAACCUUCAAGUCUAAUCAAGGUUCAAGAUUGUUACAUAGACAGCCCUACUUCAGGAGUCAGCUUUGACAUGGGUGGUGGAUACCUGCAAGUUGGUGAGUUUGUACUGUAAGAUAACGCACAUCCUAGCUGGAACUUCCUCAGAGAAGUAGAUCAAAUUACCCAAUGGUCUGCCUCUAUGAGAUUUUCUUAAAAUGCUUCCUAUGGGUCUCCUCGUGCCCACUCGUCCCAAAAAUGCUGUAAGCAGCUGGAUCUGAAAAAGAUUGAAUCUCAGGUUGGUAGUUACUAAUCAAUUUAUCUUUGUUAUGUUUAUUUUGCAGCCAAAACUUACAUCGUGGGAAUGUAUGAAGUGAUCUCCAUGGAAAUAAAACCAACGUCUCACACGGGUCUUCUGUUAUCAUCUUCAGAUCCCAAGGGAGACUACAUUGUGUUAGAGAUUAUUCGCGGAAACGUACGUAUGCCCAAUAGUGCAUGCUCAAUGCUCAUUUAUCAGAACAGUGUUAGGUCAUGAAAAUGGUAGGGAUCGUUCAGCAUCGUUAGUUCAUUUGAAUCGUCUUCCCCCCACUUUUUAUUAUUCAGACCAGCAAACUGAAAGAGUUCUUUAUUAUUUGUUGCGAAAGGUGAUCUUCCGGGCAGAAAAUGGCGGGGGGCAGCUGGUGGUGGAGAAUACUGCCGAGGAUCCUCUUCGACUUUGUGACGGACAGUGGCACAAGAUUAAGGCCUGGAAAGAAGGGAAUUUGGUGAAACUUCAAGUUGACGAAGGAACAAUACUGGAAGGUGAAAGAAAAGGAUCUCAAACCAACACAAAUCUCUACGACCCUCUCUAUGUCGGAGGUCUCCCAGGUAGGUACAUGGUGCAUGCGUAGUUAGCCUCUUGUCUGUGAUUCAGUUUCCUCGUUGAUGACUAUGUGUGGUGUUCAGUGAUUUUGUCUCCUCGCCAUGAAGGAAUCAAUCUUGGAAAAACCGUGUCUUCAUACUCCUACAUUUUACACGACCUCGAAGAUGGAGUAAUCGUGAAGGAAACGUCCUGAAACGUCUGUUUUCAAACAUUGCUACGACGGUUUAUGUUCCUUUAUCAACCCCUUAUCGAUAAUCAACACAGUAUCUUAAGAAAUAGACACUAAUGAAUAACUUACCCCAGUCGAAUGGCUUAAAAUGUAAGAGGUCAAUGUCGGCAAAGCUUACAUAACUCUUUGUUCCCCUUGGUCAGCGUUUCUAUUUACCCCCCAAAGAAUAAGUUAAAAUAUAUUUUAUAUAUUUUAUAAUUCGUAACAGCGCUCUCUUGUAUUUCUUCAAAUCAACAUUCGUGAUCCUGUUAUUAUACCAUUUGCCUGCCGAUGAAGCGCAAGUAAAAGUUAACAACCUUUUUUGUUUGUUCAAGUGAUUUGGUGUCUCUUAAUUCCUCUCUGACCCAAUAUAUUGAAUGUUUUGUCCUGCAGCGGGUGUAGAGGCUAAAGGUGUGACUGCUACCGAGAGGUACACGGGUUGCAUACGUAACUUGGAGUCUAAAGAUAGAAAUUCAGCAAGGUCUCUGAAGUUUGCCAAUCCUUGGGAAUUAGGUGGAAAUGUUUACCUUGGAGGCUGUCCUUACAACUAAUGAACUAUUUCCUUCACUGUCUCCCAUUUGUCUAUUCAAUUAGUUUGUGGUUUAAAGGCAAAAGGCUCAUAGGUUUUGUUGAUGCUUUAAACCCAAUUUUUUAGAAUUUUUUCACUUUCCUAUCACGAAGUAGUUUAAAAAACUAUGCUAGUCUAGCGAGAUGUGUUUCUUAGAUACUGGCGUAAA